AAACUGGUUUCCGAUCAAGAUGGCGGACGCUUGUAAAAGGAAGUUGAUCUACUGGAAUUUUAAGCUGUAGAGUUAAAUUCUCAAGUUGCAACUAUGAGUAUCAUCUUCAAGGAAGCUAUUAAUCGGGUUCAUGGUCAUGCAACCGUUUUCUGGCGGAACUUAGCAACUUCAUCGGUGACAGAAAUACAAGUUUAAAUUCGAACGAAAUCAGCUGACCAAGAAACAACACGGACAAGCAAUGGCUUCCGGCGUGUGUGGGCUGUGUUGGGCUGUACGGCGUAGUAGUAGCCUGUCUUUAUUAUAUUUAUUUAUAUUCCUAGGUUAGUAUGCUUGUGUCUCAACGGAAAACCACUUAUGGCUCGUUUUUCGAAGUGCCUCUUACAAAUCUGCGUUUGUCUAUGUUUGCAGGGGUUGUAUAUUCGAAAUCGAAUGUCGACUUUAAAAAAUGCGACAAGGAUGGUCGAGAGUGGCGUAGAGCUACUCUACGCGGGGGAGCAGAAGCUGGAGAUUUCUCUCUCCUUCAAAGGACUGCAAGCAUGAAAACCUGUAAACAACUGUGUUGUGCAAGUGAUUCAUGCGAGUUAGCGUUGCUUGUCAAUGGGGGAUGCUUCUCUGUUCAGUGCAGAAGCGCCGAUGCGUGCAUACCAGAGAACGUUAAGCGCUCUGGAGUUGUAGCUCCGAGAAUUUUCGUGCGUAAAAUCGGUAAGUCAAGUUGUUGUCACUCUGGCUUAAUGGUUAUAGUAUGAAAAUUUGGAUAUGCUCCCAAAAAAUGGGCCUGAAAGUAAACGUUUUGAAGAUUGACUUUAUAACUUGAUGAACUGUGUCACUGUGAGCCUUUGCUUUUGAAGCUGCAGUAUUUUCUCAUCUAACUCUUCGGUAGUUGGGGUGGUCAUGUCUCAUUCUUAUAUUUACAUUUUCCUCUUGAGCUCGCUCAAUUGAGCACGUCGGUUUUUUUUUUAAUCCUUUGUUGUUUCUUGAAGAACAUUCUUGUUUCGCCAUUGUUCCGACCGACGUCGACAAUCUUGCAUAGACGAUUUGAGUCUACAGUUCAACCGAUCGCGCGAAAAUCGACCUGCUAAUUAAGCUUCUAUUUGUAUUUAACUUAUUGUUUUUUUACCUCAAAACAGCUGGCCAAGUUUAAAGAGCUUUUGUGCUUGUGUAGCUUGAAAGCAAAUGCUCGAAAACCUUGACUGAACAAACCGAUGAAUUAUUUAUUUGUUGAAGAGUCUUCUAAGACUGUUUCCCUUAUUAAUUCGUGAAGAAUCUGUCCUUGUUUGAAGCAAAUCUUACAGUUGUUCUAAGAAUAUUUAUAGAUAAGUGUAGGAUUCAUUAGUACAAGGUACUCUGUAAUUUCAAAUACGCCAAUUCUUUGUUAACUGAUUGUGGUAUUCUAUUAAUAGCUUAAAGGAGGAGCUUGCUUAGCCAUCUAGACAUAAUAUAUUUUAAAAACCUAGUCGAUAAGAUUAUUAUUCAUUUUACAAUGUACAUCCUAAAUUUUCCAAACCCUGCACAUUGUGUUCUGAUAAAAUAAUUUGGAAGGUUGGAUUUUAAUAACACACCAUUCAAUUGAUUUCCUUCCAAAAUUUAUAUUUGUUCUAAUUUUCUUCAAAUCGAAUGGUGACUAAUUGCACCAAUUUCCAAAUUAAAGUAAAUUGUGGUGUUAAGCUACCACUAUUAAAAUCAAUAUUUCAAAAAUUAAACUACAUGAUAUAAUCAAAAUUCAACCAGUAAUUAACAGUAUAAAAUUUUAGACAUUUUUAUUGUAGUAACCUAACUAUGCCCUGAGUUAAAAUCGGCCUUGUGUGGCUGGGGGUGGUGGAGGGAGGUAUUACUCAAAACAUUCCCUGAAAUACCUUAUUUAUUCGAUUAAACACCGGGGGGUAUUAAAUUUUUGGCAUUCCCGGUGCAGCCUUCAUAUGAGGGCAGUCUUUAUUCAAAGGCGGUGUUUGUUUGGAAAUCAUUUUUCUUAAAUCACGGACAACAGUUAUUGUAAAUUGUUUUUCAAAUCUAGUCAACUCUCGCCUUGCAGACACCCUGCUAUAACGGACACCCCGAUAAUACGGACAGCAGUUAAAUCCCCAGCAAAAACAAAUUACAGACAUUUGACAGAAAUAAACUCCCACUAUUACGGACUCUCACUAAUGGGGACACUAACUCAAGGUCCCCGCGGUGUCCGCUAUAAUGAGAGUUGACUGUAUCAUGUACUUUAAAGGUUCCAAUGUCUUUGUUAUUUUGCUGAGCUAGAAUCGUAAUUGACUGGAUGGUGUAGAUUACCAGGUUGUACCGAAUUUUUUCUCAUUAUCCUCGAAUGUAGAUGCCGCAUUCUUUUAAUUUGGUGUGGUGCUUAUUUGAGGGCGGUGUUUAUUGAUAAUUUUGCCUCAGUCUGCGGCAUUUAAUUGAGGGUGGCUUUUAUUCAAGGGCAGCAUUAAAUCGAAUAAAUAUGGUAAUCAUGGCUGCCAUGUUGUUAUUACAAAAAGCAAAAUUGCACAAUGUAUAGAAUGAUUAGUUCGCCUUUGAAUGUCGUACUUUACCUUAACCCUACGGCUUGUAUAAUAAACUUUUCCAAAAACAAUCUUGAGCACUGGUGUAUGAAAAUUCCGCCAUUUUUUAAUUAUUGUCAACUCAUUUAUUGCUUAUUAUUCUUGGUUUCUCUGUAUAUAAUUAAAUUUGUUAUACAUGUACGUAACUAUUUUACUUUACUUGUAUAUGAAAUAACAUGCAAUGUUCUCUUCCAAUCUUCAGCCAAGCUUUUAAAGAAAAGAGAGGAAGAAAGGUUUGUAAACUGUUACUUAGUUGUCUCAUGAAUGGUUGAGUUGUAAAUGACGUGCAUCAGACAUCUGUCACUCUUAGGCUAUGUUUACACUGUACAAUUGUACCAGAUAGCCUUUGCCCUGACACAAAAAGCCUACCAGACAGGGUUUCUGGUCACAUAUAAGAAUGGUCAUUUCGACGCAAUUUCUGUAACAGAGCAAAGCUGCAAAGUGGAGUAUCAUGUAUCAGAUAGUUGUUCGCACUGUACUGGAUACCUUUUGAUGUAGACAUGAAAACCUGAGCCAACAGUCAACCAAGUGGCCAGCUAAAUUAAAAUUAUUAUUCUCUGGGAAUUAAAACUGGGCAAGAUCUAUCAUUCCUGAAAUAUUUCUGGCCUCAAUUGUCCAAACGGUGGAUAAUGCUAUCCACCAGAUAAAUUUCCAUCCAGAGGAUAGCGCUACUGGUUUCCCUUAUACUAUCCACUGGAGGGUGAUUUAUCAGCUGGAUAGCACUAUCUACAGUGUCGCUUUUGAACAACCGGGGCCAGGUGUUGACAGUUUUCUGAUUCCUUACUCCACAAUCUACAGAAAGAAGGCGUACAGACCUGGCCCUGGUUGUUCAAACGAUGGAUAACCCUAUCCAACAGAUAGAUCACUUUCCAGUGGAUAAGUAAACAUGUAGUAGGGAAACCAAUAAUUGUAUUAUCCACUGAAUAGUGAUCCAUAUUUAUCCUUUGGAUAGCGCUCCUCUGUUAGAUAGCACUAUCCAAUGAUUGAACAACUGGAGCCCUUAUAUUAGUUUUUGGUGCUUAUGAUUCAUAACAUGGGAUCAUGCUGAUGAACAAGCAUCAGUAGUGAUUGAUCAGUAUUAUUGACAUGCAACCAUACUGCUAACAUGCAUGUGUAUAUUUUUCACUCAAAUUAUCCAAGGAAUGCCUUGCCAAAAGCUUUAAUCCAUUUCUCUGUAGUUUAUUGAGUGGCAAAUUGAGUUUUAUGAUAAUUUAGAUUAAUUAUGUUGACUGCUUGAAGUUUACCAACCAUUUUCCAAGGCAAGGGGAAACUGGGGAGGACCUCAGGUUCUCUCUCCAGUCCCCUCUAGCUUGUUCACUCUCUCUCCAGUCUCCCAAUCAACUCUGAUCAUCCAUUCUACUUUGUUUCCAUUCAAUUUUGACCUAAAUUUUAAUGCUAAAUGUAUUUUCCUUUGUUCAAAACUCUUUAUCAUUUAUUACAAUACCCAAAAGCAAAGAAAAACAAUUGAAUCUGAGGGUAAAAAUUGAACCAGAGCAUUAUUCGCACUCAUUAUCUGCUCACAGCAUUGAAUAAGAGGUGUAUUGAUAUUCAUUAAUAGAAAUUCUUUUUUGCUUAGCAACUCUCCAAGUUAAAGUUUUUUCUUGGUCACCAUUUUAAUUUCGCAACCAACUCUUUUGGUUUAGGGAGACUUUUUUACAAACCAAGUCGCUAGGUCCAAAAUAUUAGGUACCAUGGCAACCAAAAUGGUCACAACUUGGAAUGGAGGGUUGCUUAGUAUACAGUUUGCAUUAUUUUUCUUUUCUGUAUAAGGUUAUUAAUGCCACCUGGCUUGAGGUGGAGCUACAGUGAUUGUAAUGCUUUUUCAUUUUAUUUCUUGCAACAGUAAAGGGGCAUUAGAUUUUGAAGCAGAUAGGACACUUAUUAGGGAAAAGCGGUAAGUUCUAUUUUGAUUUGUGCACUGUAUUUAGACAGAUUUUUGUAAGUAAAUAAUUUGUUCCCUUGCAAAAAAAAUCACAGAAAAUGUAAUGAUGGUCAUUAAAAAUUUAUAAGCAUAAUAACACUGUGUUCAUGCGGUUGUCACAUGGAAAAAAAGAAGAUGCACAUUGUUCUUACAGUACAGGCCACAGGCAUUGCAGCAUUACACGCGUGUUUCAUGCAUGAAAAUCCGCCAUAUUGCACGCAAAUUCCACGAGAAAAACCCGUGUGAAACACUCGUGUAAAAAAAAUACACGCAAAAAUACACAAGAAAAUACACGCAAAUUUCGAAAAUUUGCAUGUAAAACUUACAUACAGGUAGUUAUAAUUUGCGUGUAUUCGGUUUAUUUGAGUUCUUACAUCGCUGGCUGAGCGAGUGCAGUUGUACUUGUGCGGGUGGCUUUAAUUUGUUAGCAUAAAUCAAACGUUCCAGGCACGUUCAAAUGUUAGUAAUUAAGUUUUCUGGGCUAAAAGUGAUCCAAGUUUUUUGACUGAAUGAACAUUGUUUUUAAAUAUUUACAUGUUUUUCGCUUGAAUCUUCAUUUGUAGACUUCACAGAGAUUAUAAAAAGGUUUCAACUAAAAUCAGUUUCAGUAUGUGCAUACUCACCAAAGUUGAUUAAUGAUAAAACAGGUUCAAUUUUAUGAUGUAAAAUUCUCAUUUGUGGCCUCUAUACUUUCCCUAUAGAUGGGUUGGGGAGAAGUUGUCACGGUCGUACAUUAUCAGUUGAAGUCAUUUUGUGUGACCAUGUCCUUAUUUUUAUGACCAAUCGGUGUAUUGAAGUAUCAGUAUACAUUUAAAAGAAGAAAUUUAAUUUUGAUCACUCUAAUACACCUGUAAGGGCUUAAUGGUUAUUAACCUCUUGCAUUGGAUAGUCAACAUGUCAUGUGCAAAAACUUACAGCAAUGUUGAGAUAUGUCAAACAGUCUUAAAAACAGUCCGGACACUGUUUUUGUUUUGUUUUGUUUUCGUAACAAAUACUGUUGAGGCCAUUGAUUCUUUUUGUGAAACAUUAACGUUUUUUUUGGCCACUCAUUACACUGGAAUAAUCUAUUAAGUAAUUUAUGCAUGUCUAUAACUCCAUUUUCCAGGCAAGCCAGCUGCCAUCAUUAUCAUGGUCAUGUCUGCAGUGACUACUUAGAUAAAACCAAACUGCUAUACCUAAGCAAGAGUCCCAAAAAACUAGAAGAGAGUCUAAGAAGUCCUUUUCACCUGCUGAAACCACGACUUCUAGAACAGUGUGCAAAAUAUGCACUUAAAGCUAUUUGUGUUAACAUGUAUCCUUACUGUUCGAGUUUGCGCAAGCCAAUCAAGCCAGUCAGACUUUGUAAAGAGGACUGUGAAGAGUUGGAAAGUACCAUAUGCGCAUCUGAUUUUAAAGUUGCAAGAGAGUUUAAGUACUUAGCUGUUAUUUUACCAAACUGUACUGUUCUACCACCAAGGGGAUCUACUGGGGCAGAGGGAUGCAUACAAUUGAAUAUCUCAGGUAAAUACGCAAUUCAGUUGCUAAAAUUAUGAUCAGAAUUAGUAUAGGUAAUAGCACGAUUUGUAGUGAUAUUUGGUAUAAAUACCACGAGUGAUAUUUCAAAAUUGUUAUACGUAAUUUCACGAGCCGUUAGGCGAGUGAAAUUUGAGACAACUUUGAAAUAAUUAUCAUGAGUGGUAUUUAUGCCAAAUAUCACGCACAAAUCAUGCUAUUAUUUGUUUAUACUGUUGCCCUCAAAAGGUUUGUAAUUUUCACAUGUAGGUAUUUCAAAUUAAGCUGAAAUACCAGUGCUCUAAACUAAUCAAAUUGCAGUAAUUUCUCAUGUAGUAGUAUAAACGUUUUAUAAGCACCAUCAGGAUUGGUUGCUUGUCUUUGCUUAAUACAGUUUACAUGUCGUUUCAAAUGGACCAUUUCCAAGUUGCCACAAGCCCCUGUUUCAAAGCAAGGCUUAGUGAAAAGCCAGUGAUAUGGGUGAAAAUGAACUUUUUUUCUCACGCAAACAGAACUCAUUUUGACAAGAACAGUUUUGCACUUACUUUGUAGCUUCAUUUUGAAAGUGAAAGAUUUUGGAACUCUUAUUGAGUUGCCAAGACCCUUGUCCAUUGGGCAAGUGAGCUUGAAAAUUUAAGUCUCUAUGUCCUUUUUGUACAUGUAUCAAUGAGUAAACAGUUAGGUUUUACAAUGCAUAAUGCCCUUUUUUGUUGAAUAUGUCAUGUACAUUACUGCAAGUGAAGGUUGAAGGUAUGGUAGUGGGGGUGUAAAGGUAAUGGCAUACACAAUAUUAUUAUUGUACUCAACUAGCUCUAAUGUUUGUCUUGGUCAUUUUGUCAGGAUCAAAACGUAGUUCUAAUGAACAUGCUGAGCCUAGUGAGAGUGAAGAGACAGAAAAAGCAAAAGCAUUAGAUGCCGAUAGUUCCAAUGAUCUCAAAGCUUUGUUUGGGCAACAAAAAAGCACAAGCUCACCACUGCCAACGAAGCAUGAUUCUACACAGAAGGUGCCUUCAUCUAAACAGAGUUCAAAAGGCCAAACAGUGACAACAAUGCCGAUAAGUGCAAAAACAGAUGAAAACCCAAACAGAAGCUUUCUUGAAGUGUCAUUAGGGGAUAUAAAGCCUAGUGCUCCUGAACAAAAUCAGAUGUCAUCUGCUGUUGAUGUUGUUGGACCUAGCGGAACUUUUAAACCAAGUGUUUUAAAUGAUGAAGAUGAUGGAGCAAAGGUGGGUAAAAAGAUUGCUUUGCUCAAAGUUUACUGAUUUGUUUAGCAGGCAAGUACAGCAAGGCAGUGUUGUGCUACACUGUAUUUAGGUUGGUUUCCACUAUGAUAGCAGUAAGUCCUAAUCGGAAGUGCAGAAUAUGUUAUUUAGUAAAAAUUGCAUUUGUGUUUGACUUGGUCACACGUGGUGAAAACUAGAUUGACAGAGUUUUGAUGCACAAAAGAAAAGACCCAAACCUGUAAUUUUAUUAUUGUUAACAGUGCCCUGGAGCAAGCAUUAUUGAUGGUUUAUUUGUCCGAUUUUUCUUCCAACUUCAGCAACCUGGUUUUCUCUGGAUACAGUAGUUAGGUUCAAAAUAUUAUUGUGCGGAUUUGAUCAAAUUAAUUGUACAGUCCCACUCCCACACACCCUGUUAGAGGUAUUGCUUACAGUAUACAGUGUCUUUGUCAAUGUGUAAGCUCCUUACCACUGUAGAUAUGAUUAAGCUGUUUUCCUUUAACAACAGUGUAUUGCUUGUUUAAACUGUAGGUUAAUGUAACACUUCCAUCUCCUGCCAGUUCAGUGGUAUCUUCCAUAGCAGAAGCUCCAACAAUUCCCUUAAGUUUACCGACAAUUGUAAACAUCACAAAUGAAACUGAAGUUAACUUGGCACAGCUAGGCAAUGCAACUUCUCUUCCACCUGUUUCAAUGGGUAAGUUUCAAAAGGAGAAAAUGAGAUGUUGGCUGUUCAGUACAAUGUAUUUCCUUACAAGAAAAAAGGAGAAAUGGAAUACAGUGAGACCCCGCCUUACGGCCACCUCAGUAAUACAGUCACCUCGUUAUUACAACCACUUUUUUUGGCUGUCUGGCAAAAACCAGCAUACAUUUCCUUGUAAAAAAAACCCUCGUUAAUAUGGCCAAAUUUUUUUGGCCUAUUGGUGACCGUAUUAUCGGGCUUCCACUGUACCCUGUUUCAAGUGUGUAUAAAAAGAAUUACAUGUAUAAGUAUAUUAGGUAACUUUUGAAUUACUGCGUUUGUAAUGUCACUGUUGUGUACAACAAGGCCCUCUUAACAAGGGAAUGUAUGUCCCAAGUUUGAAUUUUAAUUAUGAUAUUCUGUACUAUUGCCCCUCACUCAAAUUUCAAAACACCUCGUUUUAUAUACUCUGUAGUGAGGAGGAAGUCAUGUCCCUGUCAGUAUUUUACCAUUGUAUUUGUGCUUGUCUUUAUUGCUGUUACAAUUAUUUUCAAGCCAUGUUCGUGUCAUUUGUUGCCAUACAUAUGUAUAAUGAAGUUGGUAUCAUGUAUGUCACUGUUUCAAGGUCUUGUCGCUUGUUGAAAUUUUACUAAUGCAGCACAAAAUUUAUAAUAUUAUAAUUAUUAAAAAUACGAAAACAUUAACUUCAGUGAAAAACAGUGAAUCAGUCAACAGUCAAUCAGUGAAAAACAGUACAAUGCACACUAAUGAUGAUGUUAAUGGUAUGAUUUUGAAUUUGUAGGGCCUUCUACCGAAAAGAAUGGCUCCCAUUCUACAGGUGAGUUGAUAAUGAUACUAAUAAUUUUCCUAUUAAAACAUUUGCUCAGUUGGCGAGUGCACACUCAAUGGUUCAAUUCCUUGAUGUCCUAGCUUUAAAAGAAGGCCCUGGUGCAGUACGCCAUCAAAUGCUUUAGAAAAAUCUAAGAAGGCAAUGUCAGUUGGCUUUCUGUUGUCGCGUGAUUUAGUUCAAUUGUUGAAGCAAGAAGGAAGCUCAGAAAGUGUGGAUCAGCCCGCCACGUAAGCAAACUGGUUUGGAUUUAGGAUCCUUGAAGUUAUCUGGUAACCUAACUUUCCCCUAGCUUUCACUGUACUGGACACGGGCCAGGUUGCAUAAAACCUUCUUAAGAUAAGAGGGAUCUUAACUUUUGUUCUGGAACAAUACCUUAUUGUUCUGAAAUAAUAGUUACAAGUUCUCUUAAUCUUAAGAUGGUAUUUGCAUGGUAUUUUUUUGGUUUUGUCUUAUCAGAAUUCUUGUAUUUUUUUUUUUUUUACAGAAACAACAACUUUGAAGCCCUUAAUAAAGCCUUCAUCUGGAGGUCAGUUCCAAAAUAUAUACACUAUUGACCAAGCUUGUUCAGUCAAGAUGACUGGAUAUUGACCAAGUUCUUUUUGCGUUUUUAUUUACCAAGACGAAGUCAAGUUCCAUAAAAGCGCAAAAGGGAACAAGGCAAAUAUUCAGCCAUCUUGACCAAACAAGCUUGGUCAAUAAAGGAUUUUAUUGUACAUGUACAAAAAGAGAACUUUACAAAGCGAUUGGAGCCCCAUUAAAACAGGGUUUACUUUUUCGUUUGGUUAGAAAAGAGAACUUUAAUGUACAUUAUUGGUUGCUCCAAUAUAUUUUCCUAUAUCUUUGCAAAAUGACGGAUUUCUGGUCGGAAUCAAAAAAACGUGUAACAGCCAAAAAAGUUUAAUUUGCAUGAAAUAGUUAAAAAAGUAAAAUUGUCCCUUAACACUAUCUCAUUAAGAAAAUUCAACAUGCAGAAAUAUUAAAUAGGAAAAAAAAAAAAGUGGAGUUCCCCAAAUAACGAGAAUUAUAACCUAAAAGAGGGUUUACUUUUCGUUUGGUUACAUCUUUGGUCACGCUCCAGGAACAAACCCCCCAACCCCUGAUUGGUCAAAUUUUUGACAGGUGAACUCAUGCAGCAUCUGGAAAUUUGUUUGUCGACAGACUACUUGCUAGGAAACCUUUUUUCAUUUCAGUUUGGUUUUAAUAUAUAGACUUAGCCAAGGCUAAAAGCAAAGCUCUUGUAAAUAUUGAUUUUUAUAGUUUACGCAAACAAAAUAUAAAAUUGUGUAAUGCUAAGCGACAAUGUCCAAAACAAAACAGUAGGUCUAAUUAGCAAAACAACAGCCUUGGACGUGCAAUACAAUUUUUUUGUGCAUUCAUUCACUCAUUUUCUCACCGCCACUAUAAAAUUGUCACGUUCCUCCUCCAAAGAAAUUGGUCCCCUUUGUUUUUUUUUAUUAUUAUUUCUUGCUUUAGCUCUUUCUCUGUUAUCCAGGUCAAUGUAGACAUUAAAAUUGAAAAAUAAUGAAUCGGCUUUGUUGUUAUUGUUUCUAUCUCUCUCUAAAUGUCCGGGUGGCUAUGAGAUUUACUGCCAAAAUGCAUGGGUGCUUGAAAAGUAAAAUUUCACCUGGAUUGACUUAUAAACAUUAACUGUGAACUGGGCACAGCCAGAGUUUCAUGAAAGACAAACAGCCUUUAUAAAACAUAAAAUUUCAUAGGCUAUUAGCUUCUCACAGGGGUGUGGUUGGUGGAGGCGGGGGGAAGUUAGCGAUGCACACAUAUGGGUAAGAAUUCUUUUCCAAUUUGAAUUAAAUGAUUUAUAAUUUUUUUUUGUUUGUUUUAAUAUAAGUUAAGUAUAAAUUUUUGGGUUUGCUUUGGUUGAAGCUUAUUUGUUUUAAUUUUUUGUUUUUAAGUAAUUAAACGUAUAUAAUAUGGAUGCUUCACAUUCGGCCUUCGCUAAAUCUAUGUAUAAACAAUUAUUGGAUGAGGUUUUUGUGAUAUCCAGAAUAAUCAAGGUCGAGGUAAGUGUUAUCAGCCGAGCCGAAGGCCAAGGCUGAUAACGCUUACCAAGACCUUUCUUUUCCAGAUAUAACAAAAACAAAAUCUAAUAACUGAUUUAUUAGCACAUUGUUUUGAAAUAAAUAAUGAUAAAUACACUGUUGCAUGGAACCGAUUAAAUUUUGACAUUGCUCAAGAUUGGAAAUAAUACAUUGCGUGUGCAACAUACAGAUUAGUCACUUAUCUGCUAGCAGAUAACUAACUAAUCUGUACAUGUAGGUGGCGCUGAUUUCCAAAAUUAACCGUAGGCUCUUAGCCAAUGAGAUGAUAGACAGUGAGUUAAAUGUGUAAUAAUAAUUAUUAGUUUCUACUGGAUAUAAUACUAAUGAGAGGGUUCCAUACAAAUAAGACACCAUUGUUCUGUAGUGGGAAGGCAGUACAAGUUCAUACAGACACCACCAGUCUUUGCAGAGUGGUUGGUGCAGUCUGUAUACAGCACACACACAUUGUACAUGUAGUUAUGACAACUAAUUCUUUAAUUCUUCUGAAGAGAAGCAUGUAUCAUACUCUCUUUUUGGUUUCAUAGCUCCACACCCAUCUCUUCAAGUUUCUGCUGGGGACAAUAAGGUGUUAACACUGCCUCUGAACACAAUAAGCUUGUACGCCAGUGCAUGGCCUAAAGAGACAUCAGGUUUGUAUAAUGUUCGCUUGCAUACAAACAUAAUAUACUGCACAUUGUACUUGUACAGCUGUAUUCUCCCCCCUCCUAAUCUGGUCUUCUCACUCUUGGCUAAUAACUUGACUGUUGUAUUCGUUAGAAAAUCCUUAUUCAUACCACUGGCAGCAGAUUUCUGCUCCAGAAGGUAGCCAUGGGUAUAUGGAAGGACAAGAUUCCAGAAGAGUUAUACUCAGUCAGGUAUGCAUAUUAUUGUGAAGGUAAUGUAUGUGAUUAUUAAUCUUAAUGUAAGUUGUGUGUGUGAAACGUUGGAAGUUCUGAGAAACUCAUGGAACGUCUUUGUGCUUUCCAAUGCAAGUUGGAACUUGAUAGUGUUAAUAAUAAUACAAUAUAAUAAUAAUGUUAAAAACUUAUAACACAUCUUUUCUUUGAUCAAAAGGUAAAGGUGUAACAAUUUAUGCUUUGAAUAUUAAAAGAAAGAAAAGCUUAAAUGAACAUAGUAAUUAAAGCUAAAAAGUAAGCAAUGCUAGUAGGUUAAAAACAUUGCAUAUCAAAAGCUAGUCUAAAAAGAUGCAUUUUAAGUAGAGAUGUAAAAUGUUCCAAAUUGUCCUCAAGAUGGAUAUGAAGGGGCAGAUUGUUCGAUAAGUUAAAGGCUGCAGAUGAAAAAGCACAAUCCCCUAAAGUGUUGUGUUUUUGUGGAGAGAGAAUAACCAGAGUUCCUGAAAACAAACUUGUCACAGCACCCAACACCCGAAUCAACCCACGUACACUGUGUGGCAUAGAUUGGGGCUACCCUGGGCCAUAUUAGUAGGAGUGAAGUGCCCUUACCACUGCCUCUCCCUUGUACCAACCUGAUCAGUACUGUGUAUUAGUUAGUAAAGGGUAGCAAAAUGUAACCAAUUAGAGUGUACAGUGUAUUCUUUGAGUCCAAUAGGGGUGGUAACAAGCCCAAUUAAUUUUUGUUUAUUUUCCUUUCAGCUUGAUCAAUCAGGAGUCUAUCAGUUUAAGGUCAAAGUUACAGGACAGAACCAAGCUUAUGGAUAUGCCUUUAUAAAUGUCACUGUGGUGCCAGGUGAAACAUUGUUUUGUUGUUGGUGAUGUUGUUGUUGUGUUCUCCUGGAUAGUAUACCAAAGCAAACACUAGGUUUUCAAAAUCUAUCAAAAUUGUUGUCCUUUUUUAAGAACUGAAUUGCUAGGUUUUCCUGUAAAAGUCACUAUUUUGAGAGCUGAGCUAUCAAGUUACAAGCAUGUACGUCAAUGAAAUAGUUAUGUCAUGUUGUGGGAUCUGUAAAUGUAAGUCUUACAUAAAUUGUCCUUAUUCAUAACUAUACAAAGACUCGUGUAAAUACUUGUAUUAAGUUUAUAAUAUUUUGCGUUUUCAGCUCCUCGAGUGAACAAGCCACCUCGUGCUGACAUUUCACCUAAGGAACAAACCAUAACUCUUCCUACUAAUGAAGUAGUCCUUGAUGGAUCAAGUGAGUAGAUGCAAACCCUGUAUGUACAGGGUUCACAACCUAGCUCUACAAUGGAUAUUUAUAAUUAUUACUAAUUCACUGUCAACAUUCAACCUCCUCCUCUAUCUCCAUGCUUUAUGUUUGAAAUUCUGAUACAAGUUGUGUACAUAAUGCCAGUAACACACAGUUCAUCACUUAAAUGCAGCAAUUGUAUCUUGCAAUGUAGGCAUAGACAUAAUUUACUUACCUGCAAAUAGCUCAGGAGUCAUAACUCGUUAAAAGACUCUUGUGAAAUAAAAAUAUUGGUCCAAAAGAAAUACAAAAAUACGUAUUAAAGGGAUAAUUUGAAGUAUAUACAAAUGCUAGACUAAUUAUUUAUAUAUUACAAAUUACAAUGAUACAUUAAGCAAAAAACUCAAAGAUAUAUAAAGUACUAAAAUAAUUUAAAUCAUUUACAUAUUUACUAGUCAUAAUGAAUAUAAAAGGCAUUUACAAAAGUCAUCAAAGGAAAGUUUCAAUCUUAAAAGUUGCAAAAUCCUCAGAUGAACUUCUGCUUGCAAUUUGUUCCAGGUACGACUUAAUAUACAAUUGAAAGAAUAACACAGCCAUGAUGUUGAAAGGCUUCAUUGUUACACCUUGAAGCCAGAGCCUCAUAAAUCAUACCUGUCACAUUUCCGUAUCUUAAAAAAAAGGGCUGCUGUAUAUAUAAUAUUCAAAGUAACAAAACUAAUGAUGAUAAGAAAAUUCUGCAGUAUUCUAAGGAUUGUAUACCCGCUGCUUUUAAGGCAUCAUCAUAACAGUAUGAUUUAUUAAAAUAGUAAUGUUCAGAUUAUGUAGAAAUUUACAUCUUCCAUUUUUGAAUGGCCCUUCCCAACUCCUAUUAGUACAGGCUUGCAAUACUUGAAAGGAAACAGGAUAAAUGCCUUGUAUAGCGAUGUUGAUCUUUAAAUAAAAAAUUGAGUCCGUUGAACAUUGUGGAACAAGAUGAAGAGAUGGGGUCUAUUCUCUUCACACAAAUUUGCAAAGAUUUUUGAUAAUUAUGUUGUCAUUCAAGUCCAUUUUCGACCUCAGCAAAACUAUGUUAAUGUCCAGUUCCUCUUUCAUUCAUCGUAAUUUUUUAUUUCUUCUUUUUAGCUAAUUUAGAAACAAUGUCACCUACUUUCUUCGCCCCUUUGUGGGUUAAACGUAAAGAAAGUUCCACAUAUUACUAACUGUGCAUCAACACUCAUUUUCGUUAUAUGACGAAGAUCCCGCAAAAUGUGCACAAAAUUGAGUAUUUUGAUGCCCCCUCAUUUGCAGAGAGUUCAGACGAUGAUAAAAUUACUCAGUACAAGUGGGAAGAAGUUAAAGGUCCUCUGAAUGACAAGAAUAAGAUGAUGAGCUCUGGAGCAGACUCGCCUGUGUUGCAGCUGAAGUCCCUCGUACCAGGAGUAUACACCUUUAAGUAUGUCAUGUAACUUUUAUUUAACACUUCAUUGAAAGGACCAAUUAAUGAAUUAAUGUUUCUUUUUUCAAAGGAGUUGCAUGUAUGACUGACCAGAGGCCCGUUUCUUGAAAGUUCCAAAAAUUACCUAGCCCAGAAAACUGUUUGCUUUGCACUCAAGGUCAAGGUUUUAGCAAUCUUGAACUUAAGUAACUCAAUAAAACUUACAUGUUUCUCUAAACAAGACAGGAAUGGACUGAUAAGAGGAUUAGAACCGGUGCUAUUAUUUUUUCAGCUUGCUUUACGGUUCCAGGCAUGUACAUUGUAAAGUUUAGGGAUGUUCGAGAAGUAGGCCCCAAAUCACUAUUUUAGUCAGACAAAACUAGAUAAGUAGUCAGUUACAGGGGGUAACUAUUUGUAUUUGGGAGUAUUGGUCAUCCAUCUGACCACUACUGACUAGCUGUUUAAAUUGCAUUCACAGGUUAACUGUUACUGACUCAGAUGGUGAAUCAGAUUCCACUACUGCAACAGUGACUGUCAAUGAUGGUGAGGAAUGUGUCGAUAAAUCCUUAACAAUAAUUUAUUUCCCACUUACCUGGUAGAUUUGGAAAUGGUAACAACACAAUCUUGGACAGUGGAGUGUACAGUAUCUGCAAAGUAGAAAAGCCCUUAUUGUCCUGAACAUGAUCAGUUAAUCAGAAGAUGUAUCACCAUUUUUCUCAUGCAAUUGAAAAUAAUAAAAACUUUUUAUCCACCUUUUGUGUCAGGAUGUUAGCAUACACUGUACCUACCAGGCUUUAGAUUCCUAUUAGGUUGUAGAGUAUCCCGAAUUUUUUAGUUUCCAUUGCAUCCUCAUUCUUAAAAUUCAAACUAGAACUAGCUCGUUCCAGGCGUUCAGGUUGUGGGGACAGCACAAGGAGAUGAGAGUACCUGGAACAGGCUAAGCUAGAACUUCUCUUCUUUCCAAUUAUUUUAACGUAAUAAACAAAUUUACAUUUGAGAUGCACUUUUGUGCCAGAGAAUGUCUUCCAUCAUGAGGUUAUUUUGCUUAUACUGUAGAAUGUUUCCUGAGACUAGCUGGAGUUGAAGAGUUUUUGGCUUCACAAGUUUUACGCACUCUUUUUUUUUUUAACAGAGAAAGAUUACCCACCUGUGGCACGUGCAGGGAAUGAUGUGGUGAUUGUACUCCCUGUGGAUCACGUUGUUCUCUAUGGAAAUGGAAGCACUGAUGACAAGGUACAAAAAGGACCGAUUCUUGAUGGUUUUGCUGUCCGGAGGUCGACUUUCUUCUUUGUUUCUAAAUCUUUACUGGCCCUUAUUACAAGUUGCUUUGCAAUGAUAGGAAGAGCCAACGUGGUAUCCUCAGUCAACCGCUGAGCUCGUUUACAGAUUUUUUAUGGCUCGGCAAUAAUAGGAAGAAUCAAUAUAAUACCACGAGCUAGUCUCAUGCAUCAAAGGUUUAUCACUUUGCAAUGGUAGGAGAAGCCCGUGUAAUAACAUCAGCCAAGUUCUUGUACCUCAUUUUUGUAUAAUGUCUUUACAAUGGUAGUACAUGUAGAACUCAGCGUGUUUUCUGGCAGAAUGGCGCAACUUCUCAAACAUUUUCUAUUCAUAAUUUGGCUGCUCCGCCCUUUUUACAGCGUUAACACUUCUAACAGCUUUUACGUGAAACAUUUUGUUGUCAUACAUUUUCAGGGUAUUGUGAGUUAUGAGUGGAGCAAGACACCAUCUAGUCCAGCAGUAGGGGAUAUGCAGGUUAGUACAACAGGUUUAACUGGUUUAACCCGAGGAAUUUCUUGGGAAUUUGGAAAUUAUAGAUGACCCUGGGGCAGCACAUUUUUGUUUGUUAACCUACUCAAAAAUGACUUCGUUUUUUAGGGCACAAGUUCCCCUAUUCUGAAGGUGUCCAACAUGGUUGUGGGGGACUACACGUUUCUGUUGAAAGUGACAGAUACAGGAGGACAGACUGCCAGCUCCAGUGUCACCGUCGUAGUUCAACCAGAGAAGAAUGCUCCUCCUGUGGCAGUAGCUGGCUCGGAUAAGGUCAGUUUAGUUACAUUGUACCUUUAAGGUGGAGUUCAACUAUUGUGUAAUUAAAAUUUUACUCGCUGAAUAAAAUAGUGGUAAUGUAUGGAAAAUUUGAAAGUUGAACAUUGCUCCAGGUUAACGUUUACAUGCGACCUUUCAUACAUUCACGCCCCUAUUUUAUUUACGCAUGUAAAAAGUACGCGAGGGUGGAAAUUCACUCUUACUUAACUUUCUCAGCUAAACUAAUAAAAUUUUCUAAGAAUCAAGACGUUGCUGUAAAUUGUUCUGACAAAGACGAUUCAGACUGUGUUGUCAUUAUACCGCGGUGGCAUACAUAUAGGGGUAGCUAUUUCGUUAAUCCCCGUUUCCUUUCUAUUUGAAAUUUCAAUUGUUAAGAGCGAAACAUUGGUACGCUAACAACUAUGUACAUCCUGCCAAAAGCUCUGAAAACUUUGACAACAGUUACAAAGUUCAAAUACGUACCAUUGGAUUGUGUAUCUUUGAUAUUGCUUCCUACAUUUGUACAAAUUUUGUAGUGGUUGGAAAACCUAUGUACGUUUCAUGUUGUCGGUUUAUAUUGAACUGAAUUGAAUGAUUUAUUUAAUGUCGAAGACGUGGGAAGUGUUUACACAAUCUUCCGAGCCAGAGGCACAUGUUAAAAACGCUCGACAAACUAAAAAAUACAAAACAGGAUAAAAAGUGAGUUAUUUUUGUACAAAUAUUAAGAAGAACCUAAAAACAUCGUAAUUUGGGGAAAAUUUUUUAAGAAACUGUUUUCCGAAAAAAAAAAGCACUAAAAAACCUUAGAACAUGCAUUAAAAAUAGUUUAAAACGGACUAAUCAUAUUAUUUGUUGUAGGAUUUGGUUUACCCAGAUGACUCAACGGUUCUUGAUGCUUCAGCAAGUCAUGAUGACCAAAAAAUUGUGAAAUACCACUGGGAACAGCUGAGGUAACCCUGCCUUUCUACUUUAUUUUGUCAUUAUAUUGUAAAAUAUUGUCUUUUGUUUAUUUGUCAUUUUUUGAUCACUCAACAAAAUUCAAAAUUUUUGUCACGCUCGCCAGCUUUGGAUUCUUCCUGAAUCUACCUAAUGGCACUUAGGAGUGGGUUUCACAUAUACUUUUGUUUGGAAAAAACUAAAUUGUAGCACAACCUUCUUAAUCUUUUCAUUGCCGGACUUAUGGUCACACAUAAGUUUGUAAAGAGUUUUUAGCAUGAAUCGGCUGCACGUAAUGCAUGCAGUUGUUUUAAGACUGUUUUUCUUAAUUUGAUUUAAAUGUCCAGUACAUCCCAGACAAUCAGAAUAUCUCCCGUGACCGUCAAAUGAAAGUUUUCCAGCGUCUUAAACGUUCUUUUGAGUCUCAAAAAAUUACCUCUUCAGCGUUAAAACCCAAGUCUUCCGAUCACACUUCUUCUCGUGCCAAAUUCAGUUGAACCUCUCCAGAACGGCCAUCAUGGGAACAGGAGAAAGUGGCGUUUUUAGCGAGGUGGCCAUUGUAGAGAGGUUAAAACAAGAGUCAAUGUAUGGACUGUCUGCCGAAAAAGUGGCCUUUUUAGCAAGGUGACCAUUGUAGAGAGGUUUAAACAAGAGUCAGUGUAUGGACUGUCUGCCCAAAAAGUGGCCUUUUUAGCGAGGUGGCCAUUGUAGAGAGGCCUAAACAAGAGUCAAUGUAUGGAGUGUCUGCCCAAAAAGUGGCGGUUGUGGAGAGGUGGCCGUUAGUGGAUGUUCGAUUGUAUUUCUUCAAUAUUUUUCUUUAUAAUUAUGUUGUAGUGGCCCACAUCAGGCUGAGAUGUCAGGAGUUGAUGAUAAAGUCGUGACAGUCAAUAAACUCCUUGAAGGGAAUUAUGUUUUCAAGCUGACCGUGACGGAUGACAAAGGACUUGCUGGAAGUGAUACAGUAGCCGUGAACGUUAAGAAAGGUACGCUGCGCAGCAAGCAGUAAGAUAAACGUCGGGACAGACAAGGCGACAUGUCCCUGCAACACGUCACGUGAACAAGUCACUCCUUGUGUAAAGGCGGGAAGACAAGUUGCGCGACAAGUUGCAACAGUACCCUUUGUGUACUGGAGAAUCUUUAUGAAAAUUUGUCUCCGCAACAGUUGUUGCCGCAGCAAGUCGCACAAAUUGAAUCUGAUUUGCUGCGGCUUGUUGCGGCGACAAAAUUCUGCUGCAGAAACAAAGAUUUUCACAAAAGUGCUCCAGUACACACGAAGCGCUGGGAGGUGUCGCCUCGACUUGUUGUGGUCGUGUUAAUUAAACGAAUACGAGAACUGGCCCUGACCAAUAGCUCUUGUCAAUAUGUUAUUGGUGAGUUGCUAAGUACAUGUAAGUUCAACCACAUUCUUUUAUCACAAUUUGAGCAUGGCACUGAUCUGGCUGUAAUAUGAACGAGGAUGGAAAAGGAAGUGUAGACUGUUCACAGUCCCCUAUUUUUUCGUAAGAUCGUCAGUAUCGCUAUCGCUUACCGUUACAGGUGUUCAUCUUGGUUUCUUAUGUACCGAGGGGGUGGGAGUCGGGGUUUAUAGUCCUCCCAAACCGUCCCCCGCCCCCUAAGUAGAUUUGACAAUCAUUGCGUCCAAGAUGGCUGCCCAUAACGGAAAGCGCUCGAUCUGGACGAUAUUACGGGAAAAUAGGGGAGUGUGAACAGAAUCUGCAGUACGUAAGGCUGUACAAGCUCUUUUUGCUGUUAAUUUUUUCAGAUAUAAAUAAGCCGCCUACUGCUAAUGCUGGUCCAGAUGUCGUUGUUUAUUUGCCAAACAGAGCUGCUGAAUUGGUUGGAUCCAGCUCAUAUGACGAUCACGGUAUUGUCGAGUAUGAGUGGACACGUGACCCCAAGAGUCCUGCGGCUGGGGUAAGUUGAAGCUUGAAUAAAAGGGAGCUUAAGCAAAGGCGUAUGUCUUGAUGCUGACAAAUUUCUGUUGCCAAGUGUCUUUACCCUUACAGAGACGACUGCCCGAAAAAUUUGGUUUAAACCAAUGCCCAAGAAUGGAAAAAGUUUGCCUCCGGUUGACAUGUGUGUUUUUGCUUAAGCUCUAUAAAGAGAAAACUGUAUCCUCGAACCCACCAAACUUAAGUUUUCCUUUUUGACGUAAAUCUAGAGAUAAUUCAUGAACAGAUGUAGACCGUGGUUUUGACAUUUGUUGGUCCUUAUGUUUUGUAUGUCUUGUGCUCAUUUCAGGAUGUAAUCAAUAACAGCGACCAUCAAGCGGUACUGCGACUGUCUAAUCUUGUGGAAGGAAUGUACAAGUUUAAGCUUACAGUGGCAGAUGGGAAGGGCCUCAAGGGAACUGAUGACGUAUUACUAACUGUCAAGGAAGGUAUGUGAGCCAUACUAUCACCUUUAGCACUGAAUGAAGAUAAAGUGAACUGCGGAAAUACAAAUUUGAAUAAUGAUAUGAUCGUCACAGUGGUAAUUGCAAUUUAAGCAAUUGCAAAUUAACCCGAAAAGAAAAAUUUCGGGAUCUCAACGGGAUUCGAACGCAUGCCCCAUCACCACUGUUAUUUGCACCUCUACCACCCGACCCCUGCCAUCCACCACUCCACCCCUGACAUGAUUACUUUCUACACCACUACUACCAUUGUACUUCUGCCACCCCACCCCUACCACCAUCACCACCACCAACACCAUGGUCAUUAUCAACCCUACUAAGUGUGUCAAGUUUCGCAUGCAACUGUAGGUAAAAGACGAGAUUUCCUUUUUAGUUUCUUUUAGAUAGUUUUACAUCCUAAACUCAUUCUCUGGAAGCUGUUUGUGAAACAUAAUAACGCUUCUACCUUCGUAGUUGAGUACCCUUAAUCCUCAAAAUUAAAAUACAGACUUUCUUUUCCUGUUUGCUUUACUCAUCCCAGAGAAGGAGCAGAAGGGAUAUGGUUAAAGUGGUUAAGCAAGGUAAUUUUUGUUGAUUUUGUUCUCCAAUACCUUGCGUUUGCAGAUGAAAACAGUGUUCACCUUGUGGAACUGUACCUUGAUGUGGAUAUUACGAAAUUCACUGAGGAAAAUAAGGUAACUUAACGAAUACAUCAUGGAACUUAGAGUCGCUGUGUUCAUAUAACAAGUAUACAUUGAUUCCAACCUCUCUUGAACGACCGCAUAUCCAAAAUACCAAAUGCUGGUUUUCCCAAUGAAAUCACUAAUCGAAACUAAUUUUUACAAUAAUGGAGCGAUGUAGUUGUUUGUAGUUGUCCAGUCUUGAAACUUUACUAAUUUAAGUAUUUUGUCUUUUGAACAGGAGCAGUUGAUUCGUAAGCUGGCAGUUAUUCUUGAUGUUCAGGACGAAGACAUCAUAGUUGAACAUCUCAAAGAAGCUGGUGUAGGCCACAGGUAUACUAGAUUAUACUAGGUAUACUAGACAGGUAUACUAGAUUACUAGCAUUGAAGCACAGGCGACCCAGCUGGAGUAGGUUUAGAACAGUAGCCUUGCAGUUCUUCAGAACCUCUAAUUUAACUGGACCCCUAUGGGUCGCAGCUCUUUUGUUUUUGCGCUAGGUACCAUUGUUAACUUUGUUUGUUUAUUGUUUUCCAAACCGGUUGCAAAGCAAUCCCGUGAGGUCUUCCGACAGCUGCAAGAUCGCCUAUUUAGAAGGGGUACAAUCGGCGACAAAACUGUUCUCCUAAAAUAGACCACCUUCGGAGAACAAAAUAAUCCACACCCUUGUCCCUCCCUUCCAUUCAAAGCUGGGUGUUUUUUUGUUUCUUUCAGGUAGCUCGAAAAACGGAACAACAUUGAUUGGAGGGGGUGGGGGAGGAAAAGUUCAAUUUUCCCCUUUUGAGGUCGGCAAAACAUCAGAAAAGCCCAUCAACAGAGCAAAGUGUUUCAAAUAAUUUUGUCGCCUAUUGGAAUCCUGAUUGAAUUAUCUUUUUUUUUUCAACAGCCUGAUGGUGGUGUUUUACGUAAAGGACAAAGUAUCAAAAGCUAGAGAUGGCUAUGAAGUAGCUGGACUACUGAAGGAAAAGAUCGGAAAUGAAGAAGGCUUCUUUGAAUUUGGACUGUUAAAGGUUGAACCCUACAGUAAGUAUUUGUAUAGCCUGCAUAACAGGUGUUAUUUUUUCACGUUUUUUAGGCGAACGAAGGCAAGCGGAAGUGAGCGAAGAGCACCAGACAGGCGCGACGGGGGAAGGCAUUAUUUUUUCCGAGCGUCGCGCGUGUCUGACGCUACUCGCUCGCUUCGCGCUUGCAUUCGUUCGCCCGAGAAAGGUGAAAAAAUAACGCCUGUUAUGCAGACUAGUAUUUGUACCUUAACAGUGCUUCAUGUGUUUAUCCGCGUGUUAUAAAUUGCUUUUUUUGCUUUUAGUUUGCAGGAAUAACUGUUCAGGGCACGGCUACUGUGAUCGUCACACUAAAAUGUGCGUCUGCGAAAGCUUCUGGAUGCAGGACUUUCUCAAGGUUCACUUCGGAACAAAGGAGAGCAACUGUGGUAAGCGCUCAAUCUUCUAUGUCCUCCCGGACAUCAGGGAAUUAAAUGCGUAUAUAAAAAGGAAACAACGAAGAGUGAGUUGUUAAACUAGCCUGAGAAACAGCCUACAUUUUAGUGGCGCCAUCAUUUGUUUCAGAAAUUCCAUACUGAUGACCUUUGCUUCCCAGAUCUGGACGUCUGAUUAGUUUAAGUAAAUUUCCCAAUCGGCACGACCAAUCAGAAGCAUUACUCAGAUCUGGGUAGUGAUACGUCAUUAGUAUAGUACUGCUGCGUUCAUUCCUCAAACGUCAUUUGGUGGGGAAACCAGUGGUGGCAUUACAAAAUGUCAGCUGUUUUCACCUGGCUAGUCGCUUAAUUAGCUAACAAAACAACAAAUGAAUGAACCAACAAUGUUUUGAAUCCUCAAAAUAACAGCAGGCAUGUUGUCAUAGGGAGACAAGUGGAGGUUUCUGAGAGCUACUUGACUACAGUUUAAGCAAUCUGUUUGUACUUGUCUAUAUUUUGUCCAUUUUGGUUCGUUUGUUUUUAUUGUAUUGACUUACUAUAUCAGCUCUUGAAACGUGUGUUUUUUAACCGCUUUAACCCCUUAAGCCCCAAUAUCCACCUACAAAUUCUCUAAACUAGUCUUUAUACAUUUCCUUAAGGAAUAAGUUGAGAGAAUUUGGUAGAAGAUCAAAGCAUUUUCUCUUAGGUGAUCAUUUUAUUAACUCUCAUAACUAUUUCUCUUGGUAAGACAUGGAUAUUGUUAGGAGAAAAUUGAUCUUGGUCACUAUUGGAACUUAAGGGUUAAGGGCACGUCGAGGCAAUUUUCUCCAGUCUCAAUUUUCCUGUUGCUAUCUGUAGGCUCAGAAAAAACAAUCUUCAAUAAAUUUAGUAUAUUCAAUCGACAACAGAACCACUAAAGACUCUUUGCUUUACGCUUGUUUUCAGUAUGUAAGCGAAACGAUUUUUUUCCAAAAUUUCUAUGUGAUAAUAAGUUUUGUACAAAAAUUCUGUCAGGGGUUUCAUUUGAGUGGUAGUAUCACAGGAUUUCGUUUUUAAAAGUUAGGUUAUCACGUCAUCCCGCCAUAACUUGAUCUUUAAUUGAAGUGAUUGUCUUGUUUGCAGAUUGGAGUAUUCUCUAUGUAACUGUAAUUAUCUUUGGUAUCAUCAUGGCUAUUGGCGGGUUAGUGUGGGCCAUAUGUUUCUGUAUGGGAAGGUAAGAGCAGUAGACUAAAUUAUUUGUAUUUUUCUACUAAAUACAGCACUGACGUGUUACAUCAAAACUCUGUAGCGACUGUGGGUUUACCGAAUACAGGGCUGUCACUAAGGGUCGGAGGCCGGGAAUUCCUCUCGGCCACUUGACUAUGUUCCAUGCCUCUCAUCAGUUCUUAAAAGUGAGCGAAGCAAGCUUCAAUGCACGAGGUCGCGCAGCGAACAAGCGAGCGACGAAGUCUUGAGGCCGUCUUGUUUUGAAUCAUAUUAUAAAUUCACGCGAGAAAAAAGUGAUUGACAUAUGCUGUGUUGGGAGCGGCGUGAAAUAUCACUCACUGUCCUAUUGGUCAAUUGUCAUGAUGUCACCGGUAGAAUUUUCGACCGGUGAAUUUCACGCCAAACAGGUAUGAAAGUCCUUUAAAAUGGCAUAACCUACCAGGACUUUUAGAAAGUCUAGCUUAUCAUCACAGGGAACAAAACGGAAGUAAAACCAAAAUCUGAACUUCCCAGCUGUUCAAUGCCCCGCCUACUAGUUGCAUUCACCCUGAAGCUUGAAAUCUUGGCGACAGCCCUGGGAGAGUACUUACAGUUAGACGACUUUAUAGAGUCGGAAAUAAAAAAGAGUAAAUAUUAAUAAUUCAAUGUAUUUAGAGCUAAUAUAUGAUAAAAACAAACUAUUGCAAUCAGCUUUUGUUUCUUUUCUAUUUCAAGACGACUUCUGAUUUAGGGUUUUCUUGAUCUCUUUCAACACAGAUUUCAAUUCAUCAAACAAAGAAACUGUUUGCUCAACAAAAAGUUGUUAGUAAAUUGUGAUUCGUACCCUGAUUUUGAAAAAGAGUUUUGCUUUCCCAAACGUUUAAGUAUCUAACAGUAAAGGUAACACUGGUAAAGAAACUUUCUUCUCCGGCUAUUCUGAAGAUACUUCAUAAUAGCUAGUAUAAGAACAUCAUCUGCGAAUGCAUGCGCAUCAUUUCUACUGCCUGCAAGCGACAAAAAGUUCUCAGCCUUAUAAAUUCAUGUAAGGAUGUGUGUGUGUUGAAGACAUAUCACAGCCACUAUACGACUGCGUCCCACAAUCACCCAACCCAAGCGUGCGUACCUUAGGUCGUGCGAGUCUUAGGUGGUCUGUGGUCUUACUGUGGUCACUGUGUAUGUUAUUGAUCUUCUGCACUAUUAAUCGAACUACAUUCAUUUUGCUCUCUCCCACUCAACUGUCCGUUAAGAAUCCUAAAGCGCUGAAUGUAUAGCUUUAACUCUAUCUCAGUCCCAAAUCCUUCUUUAAGGGUAUACUCCCAUGUUUUCCUUCCAUUCUCGACUUUUCUUUUCUGUGCUCUUCCGUUCUUUCUGUCUGUAGACUUCGUCGUAAGAAGUUAGUAGUCUCUGUUAACGCUCCUUCGACAGAAGACACCUCUUCUACUGACCAUAGGUAUUGUAUGUCUAAUGAGUUGCAUGUCCAAUCUCUCCUUUCCGUUUUCAGUUUCAAAUUGCUUAAUCCAAAUUCCAGCUUUAUAUUAUUAUUAUUAUUAUAGUACUAUUUUUUAACCCAUGAUUAUCCUUCUGUCUAAUUCUGAGUAGAAGUUCCUAGUAGUUUCUUACCUAUGAAAUAAAUAUUUUGUCUCAUUUCUGGACGUGCUAUUUUCCUGGUUUGCUUUCCAGGCUUUCCUCUAACGGCAACUUACAAGUAGCUCUUACCCUAUACACGAUCGAAUUUUUAUAUUCUCUUGCAACUUUUCCGUUUCCAUUGUUUACCAGGGAGUAUGCUUCAAUUAUUUGGUAUGAUAUGGUAUUUGGUAUGAUAUUUCAAUUAUUUGGUAUGAAGACAAAAAAGUCGGUGUAUCUUUAUACCCCUUUGGGCAAGUGUAAUUUUUUACUUCCCCGCAUUUUAACUAAUUCCCCGUUUGUCUUUUAAAUUGAUUCUAAUUUUCAACUAAUUCCACGUUACGUGACCCUUUUAAAUUGACGACAGAGUUAAAUUUGUUACAAGUAACCCCAUUUCACCCCAAAUUCGGAGUUAAAUUAGGAGUUAAAAUAACCCCAAAAAAGGGGUUAUCCUGUACCUAAAAUUUUUACUCCAUUUUUGGAGUUAUAAUAACUCCCCAAAAAUUACAGUGCAUUUCUUUUUCUUUUUCUUUAUUUUUGACACUUUUUUGUCAGUAUGGUAUUCUUCAGUGUUUCUCCAUAGUUCUUUUGAUUUAUCUCAUUGUUGUGUUCUUAUUUAUCACUUCCUUAACUUGUGUUGUUCCUCUCUUUUCUGCGCGUUGUUUACCACUCAUCUUUCCAUAAUGUGCUCUUGCUUUAGCCACAUUAAUUCUUUUGAUUUUAACUUCUUUGUUUGCUUUCCACUGCCUGAGGUAAGGAAGCAUUGGAUUUAAUCACGAAGCACCAACUCAUCUCCCGUUUCCAUACGUUUCCACAAAAAGUGGACCAUGCUUCACGACUUCCGUCUUUAAUAAGGCGGAUUUUGUGCUGUGUUAUCUACAAAAACUGCAGCCUUUUACUCGACUUUCGGCGACCGUUAUGACGAUUGACAACUUAUAACGUUUUUUUAGGAGACGCGUACGUGGAAAGAGACGUCAUCAUCGGUACGCUGUUAUUGAUGAGGAUGAUGACAAACUGGAGAGUAUGGAAAUGCUUCCCAAAGGUAGUCUUUGUGCAUACGUCAAUUUCAGUGGCAAUACUGUGUUCUGUUUAAUGGGUUUACUGUAAUGUAUGAAUCAGCUAGCGGGCAAAUAAAAGGAAUCCUGCCACCCGAGCCGGCCAAUGCCCGUAUUUCCCACGUUAGCCUCUCUUUUUGGCCUGGUAUUUAAUGCCUUUUUCGGUGAAGGUGGCUGAAUAUUGGCCGCGUUCUUUUUGCAUUUUAAUUAACUCCGACUUCGUCUUGGUCCAUAAAAACACAGAAAAGAACAUGGCCAAUAUCCAGUCAUCUUGACUUCUCGCUUGGCCAGUAACGCAUAUUUAUUGGGGGAACUAACCGAACUCCAUUAGCUAUACCAUAGCCAUCCUUGAUCAGCCGUUUAACAUUCCUGGGCGUGAGAGGGUGAUGUAAGGUAGCGCUUCUUGGAACUUGUCGCACAAAAUUUGGGGAAGAGGAGAAAUAACCAAAUGUGACUCGUUUUAUUCUUCAACUUAGAUGCGCGGAAAGGUUUUGUUUAUGUGCAUUACGUUGGCUUGUCUUUUUGCGUGUUAAGUAUUUUUUUCGAUGUUUCCAGUCAAUACAAACUGACCAAAUGUUUCAUAAGUGCAGAGAGCGUAACAAACCAAAACGCAACCAAAACCGUGCUCUUAGAAUUGGUUGGAACAUUUCUUCUGUUAACAGAGAUAUUCUGUGCUAUCUAGAAAACUAAUAUUGAACCAACGUUUAAACGCAAUGUAAUUGAAUUCUUUGCAGGAAAAUACUUGAGCACUAGUUUGAUUCUAAGCGAUACGGAUGAUGACAGCGAUGAUGAAUCCACAGUAUUUGAAGUCAAGAAAAGAUCCAUGAACGGCUCUGUAAAUGGCUAUAUUAGGAAGGACACGUGAUGUGACGUUCGAUAUGACGCAAUAUCGCGCGUGACUUCACGUGAAUACACCAAGUAGUUGCAGGCCCACUCUUUUGUGCCUCACACGAGUAUGUCACGUGACUCACGAUAAGCUGCUUCGGCGGCAGAGUCCUAAAGAGGCCAAUUGUUCGAGGGCAGAGUCUUCUUACGUCAAAUUUACUUAAAAUAUAGUUGUUAAAAUGAAGGGUCCAAUUUUAUACUUAGCUACAGCAGAGCCAUAAGAAUUGGUGGAAUCAUAAGUGAUGUAUUGACUAGACUCUUCCUAUUUUAUGACGUCAGUCAGUAAUGAAGUGAGACAACUUCGAAAAUGUCUACAUUUUUAAUUAUACUUGGCCAUUGAUAGUAGGUUAGGGUUGUUCGUGUAUGCAUUUUCUUCAGCGGCGGUCAUGUGGAAUACUUUAGGAGCGGUUGACUAACGCGAGGACUGGGAUCAAGUGGUCUUUUGUGCUACAGUUGAGAGCCUUGAUUAUAACAAGAAAUUUUAAUGUAAAAAUGCCGCACCAUUGACCAAGACUUGAAAUACAAAAGAUUUACGUUGACGGAAAGUAUCACCAUUAAUCAAGGGUGCUUCACAUUGUGACUGACCAAUAUGAAUUACUGUCUCUUGCGAAAGAUGUGAAUAAUCUUUUCACGAUACCGCGAAGAAUGUGAGAAGUGCAACUACGAAAAAUUUGUAUGUUUUUACUGGAAGUUUCAAGAAAACCUCUUUUGCAGAAUACUACAAAUGGGGUUCAAUUCCCUCAAUAAGUUAAACAAAUACAAUUUUCAUAUAAAUUAUUUAUAAUUGUUCUUUGGUUUUUGCCAGGGAAAUUGGUAAGCUGAUUGUGCAGUUAGCUUAUUUUCAGUAAAAAGUAACGUAAUGUUAUUUGAGAAAUAGGCCAAGCAAAGAUAUUAAAUGGAGAUUUUUAUAAUAGUUUCUUUUCUUAUUCCCUUCCUUAUUCUUUGUUUUUUCAUCUUCUUUUUAGAACUGUUACCUAAAAUGGUUUUACUGUCCUCGUUCCCAUGGCCUCUAUCCUUUCUUUGGUCUUGUCUCGUACCAAAUCUCUAGCGUGCGACUGAUUGCGCGCCAUUCCUAAUCUUCGGAUUCCCAUGGUACCUUAUUUUGCUUUACCAAUCAGGGGUGACCUUUUCAGGAAACGUCUGCGUUGUCGGCGCCAUUUACAGUUACGUCAUAAUGGAGUUUUGUGGACAUCUUUAUCUCUUUACAACCAAUAGUCUUUCAUCGAUCUACCUCUCAUUUUCAUUCACUAUACUCGAAAGUGAGAAGACAAAAAGUAUGAAGCCGUAUUAUUUUUUGCUGACCUUUAUCCUACUUGGAAUACAAUGCUUGACGGUUAAGCUAAGAAAACUCGAACCCUAUCACUAAUCGAUGAUUUUGAAAUACGUUUUAGGUCAAAGGAUGGCAGGAAGUAAGUCUCGGCAAUUCGCCCUUCUUUGUUUCCCUGUUGAGGAGAUUACUUCGGGUCCCGGCGC